AUGGGGAACCACAAAAAGGCCCUACCGGCACCCCAACAUGCUGGGAAGACCCCCGCAGGAAAAACGGGCACUGUCACCCGUUUAUUCAGGGAAUACUCCGACCGCGUGUCGGAGAUCGGCGAAAGCAAUAUGGCGCCAGCUGCAGUAAAUACUGACACAGACCCGCCGAGCCCCAGAGGAUCGGAGGCCUCAAACACUUUGAUGGAGGCCGACAUUAAAGAAAUACUACGGAACCUACCAUCCAGAGCCGACCUAGCACAGAUGCUGGGGAAGUUAGAAGCCACCUUCCAGCAAAAAAUGGAGCGUCUCAGUGCAGACAUAAACCAGGUAGGACGCAGAGUGCAGGACCUAGAAGAUGAAAGGGGCUCCCACCAAUACCUAAUGCACUCCCUCUCAGCUAAAGUCCAAGCCCAAGAGAGGCACCUAUCCAUGCUACAGCGCUCUCUAGAUGACUUAGAUAACAGGGGCAGAAGGAAUAACCUACGGGUAAGGGGAAUGCCCAAACAAGACAGGGAAAAUCUCUAUACCAUCCUGACUACCUCAUUUAACCUAAUACUCAACCGUAAACCAGAACAUCGCUCGCUGAGACCCAAAUCGGCUACAGGCGAUACACCAAGAGAUAUUAUUUGCCGUAUUCAUUAUUAUGCUCUAAAGGAAGAUGUACUGAAACAUCUCAGAGAUACCUCAGCCCCCAUGCUGUUUCAGGGACAUGAGAUACAGAUAUACCAGGAUCUCUCCUGGCACACCCUGCAAGCAAGGAGGGCCCUACGGCCCAUAACAGACCAGCUCCGCAUGCGCAAUCUGAGAUACAGAUGGGGCUAUCCUUUUGCCCUCAUAGUCAGCACCCGCGGAACCACGUUCACGAUCUCCACGCAUCAAGACAUCAUCCCCUUCACUAAAGCACUGAAUCUAACAGAACCGAACAUCAUGGAUUGGUACGCACCGGAUCCAGCACUGACCGCACCAUCAGCGCAGCAAAGACCACGAUGGAGAUCCCCGGCAAAGAAGCAGAGGUUAGCUCACGCUGGACAUAUAUCGCAGGGGGACGGAGGACAGAACAACACCAUAGAACACUAG